AUGGCUAUGUUGGCAUUAUCAACUAUAUGUCCAGUGACAGCGACAGCACAUGAGAACAACUCAAUAAAGUGCAACGAAAGAAGAGUAGAAAUAGUGCCUCCUUCAUCAAGAUUUGAGCUUUGCAUCAACGCAAUGUGCAGAAUUAUGUCUAACGUAUCGAAAUCGUAUAUAUUUGAAUUGGAAAAAUCAUCAUUAGAUGAAAAUAGCACGAUUACGUUACGCUCUGAAUGGGAGAGCUCAGUGGUCUUCUCGACUAUGCAGUGCGAACCACCAGACUUUUGCGAAAAAUCGGCCUUGCUGAUGAGCAAAGAUCUUAUAGGUAAUCCUCACUGUUGGCCACUUGGAGCCAUAAUCACCUUAACAGUGUUAGUUUACCUUUCGAUCAAUAGCAUCAUGUUGAUUAUAUGGUUAAUUAAAUGCACACGAAAUGCAAAACGGAAAGGAACUCCGAAUUCCACAUCCGAAGAAGAAACAAUUCCAAUGAGAACAUUCAAUCCACAUCCGAUCAAUAUACCGUCCGCCUUGUUGAUUUGUGUCGCACUCUUGGCACUAGCAAGCAAGGUAAUUACUUGCCAGCAUGGAUAUAUGAGGCAUAGUGUAGAGGUAGUCUGCGAAAAUCGCGGAAACUGCACUUAUAAUUACAACGAGGAAGUUCUAUUCAAUAGAAUCAACUCCAAUCCUUGUAUUCAGCUUAAUCAUGCUAACAAAACGAUCGGACUUAUAAAGAUACGUUCGAGACCAAUGAAACUGUCCUGUUCCAAAGUUUCAUUAUUCUUCACUAGAGAGACGAAACUCAAGAUCUACCACACAACGAGAUGCUCACAAAUGGACUCUUGCACUCAGUCUAAGUGCAGUAGAAUUAGGCUGGACGAAGUAAUUCCUGAGUUCAAAAGAUCAUCUCCAUAUCCAGGAUACUCAAUUUGUGGUAGCACAUGCGGCGGUAUAGCAUGCGGUUGCUUCCUACCAUUUCCAGCAUGUACUUUUCUGAGGAUUGCUCAUGUUCCGAAGAAGACGCAGACUGUCUUUGAAGUAGUAAGUUGCAUGGAAUGGCAACCAGUAAUCCAAAUUGACGUCGAUUUCAUGCUUUAUAAUAAAGGAAAGCUGAAAUCUUUCAGUUUACAACCUUAUGUUACACAAAAGUAUGAUGAACUGUCACUGACAGUCAUUUCUUUGCAAAAACCUCAUUCUCCAUUGAUGGACAAAAGAUUCGCUGUAACCCCAAUGGAGGCUAUGAUGCUACCAGAUCAUUAUCAACUUCCUGUUGAAUGCGAGUCAGAAGCAUCUGCUCUCGAUGCUCUUGUGAACUGA